UACAAGGCGCAGAGAGCUUUGGAGAAAAUGGCAGGUCUAAUAGCUGCUGUCCCUGAGUUUCCACUAAGCCAUGGCGGCCGGAAAAUCCCCGCCAUCGGCAUGGGCACUGCAUCAAGCCCGCCGGCAGAGAAGCAACCUUUUCUAGAAGCAAUAGAAUGCGGUUACAGACAUUUCGACACUGCUUCUCUGUACCGAUCGGAGCAGCCUCUCGGAGAAGCCAUAACCGAAGCACUCAGCCUCGGCCUAAUCAAGUCUCGAGAUGAACUAUUCAUCACUUCUAAGCUAUGGUGCACAGAAGCACAUCCUCAUCUUGUUCUUCCUUCCCUCCAAAAGACUCUAAGCAAUCUUAAACUGGAGUACCUUGAUUUAUAUCUGGUACAUUGGCCUAUGAGCGUAACUCCAGGAAAACAUGCAUAUCCACCAAAGCAGGAAGACAUCAUGAAAUUGGACUAUAAAGGAGUUUGGGCAUCAAUGGAGGAAUGUCACAAACUUGGCCUUGCAAAGUCAAUUGGUGUCAGCAAUUUCACUUGCAAGAAACUUGCAGAUCUUCUCCUUGUAGCUACCAUUCCUCCUUCGGUCAAUCAGGUGGAGAUGAGCCCUGUUUGGCAACAAAAGAAGCUGAGAGAUUAUUGCAAGGCUGAGAAUAUACUUUUGGAAGCUUUCUCUCCUUUGGGUGCUCAUGGAUCACCUUGGGGGAAGAAGAAUGUUGUGGAGAGUAAGGUGAUAGAGGAGAUUGCAGAGGCCAGAGGGAAAACCAUUGCUCAGGUUUGUUUGAGAUGGAUAUACGAGCAAGGAGUGGUGGUGGUGGUGAAGAGCUUUAACAAGGAAAGAAUGAAGGAGAAUCUCAAUAUAUUUGAUUGGGCUUUGAGUGAAGAGGAAUUGAAGAAGAUAGCUGAGGAUAUCCCUCAGGGUAGAAUAUUUCCUGGUGAAUCAAUCUGCUCAGAAACAGGACUUUUCAAGUCGAUCAAUGAUCUUUGGGAUGGAGAAAUUUAAUUAUAUGGUUAUGAGUUCGAGUUUUCAUAUCAAUAAUAAUAAGCUUAAUAUGUUUCUUUAAGUUGGAUUGUUUGGCUUGAUUA